CAUCAUAGAUACCAGUGCUUUUAAUGUUCUGCAGCUUUAUCUAUGUACAGCAGCAGGACCACAUGGAGGGGGACACAUGGGAAACACAUUCCUUUCCUCUCCUGUGGUAGAAGUGGCUUUGUAAUUCAUCUGCUGUUUGUGCAUGACUCAUCCUCCACCCACCACUUAUUUCUCUAGCAGAGGGAUUUUGCUGCAUCUUGCUAUUCACGCCAGCUUCUAGCUGGACAGGGCAUCAUGGAUCCUAAAAGUGCUGGCGAUCUUCAAGCAUUGCUUAGUCUUUACAAGCAGAACCCAACACUUCUGAGAGCAAAACAACUAAGUUUCUUAAGAGAUUCCUUGGAUAGCAUGGGGGACAUUAUCUCAGGGUUCCAGAGAAUUGAGGCUUUCCCUCUGAGACUUCGCAAAGAGGAAGGAAAGCCAGCAGAUCAACCUACAAGUGAUGAGAGUGACUUAGAGAUGGAGGAAGAAGGAGUUAUCAAACCAGAUGAAGAUGAUCCCCAGGAAAUGGGAGAUGAAAAUCUAGAGAUGACAAAUGACAUGAAGACUGAGGCUGAACAGAAGAAAGAGGAAGCCUAUGCUGCCUUAGAGGAAGGAGAGCUACAGAAUGCUAUUGAUCUGUUUACAGAGGCUAUAAAAUUGAACCCAAAGUCCUCACAUUUGUAUGCCAACCGAGCCAGUAUCUUUGUCAGAAUGCAAAAACCCAAUGCAGCCAUUAGAGACUGCAACAAAGCCUCAGAGCUCAACCCAGAAGAUGGGCAGGCCUACAAGUGGAGAGGGAAAGCCCACAUGCUCCUGGGUCACUGGGAAGAAGCUGCUGAGGAUCUUGCUUUAGGCUGUAUUUGGGAUUAUGAUGAUGAUACCAAUGCUCUACUAAAAGAAGUGCAACCCAAGGCUCUGAAGAUGGUUGAGCACCACACCAAACAUAACAGGAGGCGUACUCUGAAAAAGAUCCAAAAGAUUCAGGAGAGACUAGACUGGACCAAAUAUAUCCUGGAAGAACAAGAGAGGGCACAGACAGGGGAAAAUACUUGGCAGUGGAUGGUUCGAAUAUGUCGGAGGUACCUGGACUUUUUUAUGGCCGUUAUAGAUCCAAGGAUUAUCCUGGCCUGGCUGGAUGUGACCUGGAACCCAGAAAAUAUCUCCAAAUAUCGUGGCAACCACAAGUUUAUGAAGUUCAUUGGUCAGGUCGAGUAAAUGUUUAGGCCUUCCAUGAAAUUAAAAUUGUAGUGUCUGGCAUCA